CGUCAACAGCAGUGGCUGCUAAAGCUAAGAAAGAGGCGGACAGGCGGUCCGCACAAUGAAAAUUAGCACACUUCAAGUGUAGUUUUUAGACACAGAAGACAGUCGCUUGUGUAUUUGUAAUUAGCGACCGGCCCUCAGUCAACUAAAAGCUUGUCUUUGGUGUCGUGAGAAAUUAGAGAAAAAAAACAAAGAGCGAGGAUGUUGGUCCCCGCGGGAAGAUAAUGAAGAGGCUGCGCGUUUUGUUGGUGUGCCUCAUUGUAGCUCUCCUGUGCUGGUACCCCAGUCAAUAUGUGUAUUGUUCAGAGCAGAGCUCAUCUGGCCCAGGUCAGUCUGCAGGGGACGAAAAUCCUGACGGCCAGAAGCAAGAGCAGGAGCGGGACUCCACGCAACGCAAGGUGUUGGAAGAAUGGACGACACACACAUCAUACGAUAUGGGACUGGAGACAGAGAGAGCAGCACUAGAAAAGCUGGCAACGCACGAUGUACACCAAGAACAGACUGUGAAUUCUUGGGAAGCUGAGGUGAAGGAGACCAGGCCUGACCCAGUGUCUGAUUCUGUAUCUGAAGCGCCUGAGCCAGAACCCCACCCAGAUCCCCAGGCAAAUUUAGGGCAGAUUGAAGCCCAGGACCACAACCAAGAAGUCCCUGUGUCCCCCACUCCAGAACCAGUUCCAGCACAGGGCCACAUGUCCACAGAUGCCCCAGCGGAGACCUUCAGCGAGGUCCCCGCUGCACACCCCAGCCUGGAGUCGCAUCCAGCCACAUCCCCACAUGAAGCUGAAAACACACCUACCUCACAGAGUGCCGGCCAGACCCACACAGGUGCAGUGUGGGUUGCCAGUGCAGGAGAUGAACUCCCAGUAGACAACUUUGUCUUUGCUGAGCACUCUGAUUCACAGUGCGGGGUCAUUCCCCCCGAACUGGCAACCUGUGAAAACUCUCCUUUUGGCAGCCCUCUCCUCAGUGUGGAUGAGGCUGGCAUAGAGGACCAGUGGUCAGACCAGAGCCACAGCUCUGGUGUUGAAGCAGAGGUCCAGUCUACUCCAGACCAUGUGGACCAGGGUCAACAGCAGCAGCGUCCAGAGCUGGAGGACAGACUGUCUGAUUUCCAGCUGGAGGGCAACACUUCCCACCAACAAGAACACAAGGCAGGGGAUGCCAGUACUGCUAAGGAGACUGAUCCGUCAGUGCCCAGCAAAGAAGACAUCCCUACCUUCGAUGAGUGGAAGAAACAAGUCAUGGAGGUGGAGAAGGAGAAAAGUCAGUCUCUCCACACCUUAACCAGCGGCAGCCCCCAUCCAGUGAAAAAGGUCCAGAAAAACUUCAAGAAUAACUACGCCUCUGUGGAGUGUGGUGCCAAGAUACUCUCUGCCAACAAUGAGGCCAAGAGCACUUCAGCUAUUCUCAUGGAGAAUAUGGACCUUUACAUGCUAAAUCCUUGCAGCAACAAAAUCUGGUUUGUGAUUGAGCUCUGUGAGCCCAUUCAAGUCAAGCAGUUGGACAUUGCUAACUUUGAGCUCUUUUCGUCAACGCCUAAAGACUUUUUAGUUUCCAUCAGUGACAGAUAUCCUACCAACAAGUGGGUAAAGCUGGGUACUUUCCACGCCCGUGAUGAGCGCAUAGUCCAGAGUUUUCCACUGGAUGAGCAGCUUUAUGCUAAAUAUGUGAAGAUGUUCAUCAAAUACAUAAAGGUUGAGCUCCUCUCCCACUUUGGAUCGGAACACUUCUGUCCACUCAGUCUCAUCAGGGUGUUUGGUACCAGCAUGGUGGAGGAGUACGAGGAGAUAGCAGAUUCCCAGUACCCCUCAGAGAGACUGGAGUACUUGGAUGAAGACUAUGACUAUCCUCCUGGCUACCAACCAUCAGAGGACAAGGCCUCCAAAAACCUGCUCGGCUCAGCAACAAAUGCCAUCCUAAACAUGGUAAACAACAUUGCUGCUAACGUGCUAGGCGGCAAACCAGAUCAGGAGGGUGGAACAGAAACAGGAGGUAAUACAACAUCAGAGGGGAGUGAGAAGGAGGGCACAGAAGUUACAACAAAACCAGCUGAAACGCCUCCUGAUGCGACAGUACUUCCAGAGCCUGUAGAGCCAGAACAGCCCGCAACCCAGGAGGAAUCUGCUGUCUCCAGUGACUCUUUCCCUCCAUCAACAGACUCCCAUGAGGACAGACAGAUUGUCACUCUGGUCGAGGAGGAGGAGGAGGAGGAUGAAGAGCCCAGACAGUCUACUGUCACCCUGAUGGAGGAGGAGGGGGAGGAAGAGGAAGAGAACAGAGAGGAGGAGACGAGGAGGGAGGCGGGCAGGAACCAGUGGGAGAACCAGACUUACUGUCCUUUCUCCUCCUUCUCUUCCCUGUCUCUGUCCUGCAUGGCCACCCUGCCAGAGCUGCUCCACCGCUGGUGCUCCGCCAGGCUGGCCAAGGAGAGACUCCGCAGCCUCAGGCGGAGGCAGCUGAGCAUUCAAACUCAGACGCACCCUGAUGCAAACACCCCUCCCCUCAUGCACACACCUCCACUGAUCCCUGCCCCUGUUCCCACACCUGUUAAAGAAGCUCCCCCACUUACAGAAAAGGCUCCAGAGCCCGAGCUGCCCCAAAAUGAGGGCAAAAUCCUGGGUGAGGUGCAUGUAACACAUCCCAACACUCACACCCCUGACACACACACUCCAGAGCUCAACAUCCUCCUAGAGCCAAGUAGAACCACCACCAUACCCCCGCACAGUUUCUCAGACAGCCACAGCUCCCUGUCGUGGCCUACCCCCACCCAUGAGGAGAAGCUGCUCCCUCCAAUUAAAGAUGCAGCUCUGGACCCUGUUCCCACUCCACCCCUCCAAGCUGUCUCCAUCCCAGAGACACAACAGGCCAGCAGUGCCACCCCGAUCCUCACUGUCAGCUCUCCCCCACAGUCUGUAGCCUAUGAGACAGCCUCUCCUGGUGUUGUGGUUCCUCCUGUCAUGGAGCAGCCAGUUCAUCCGCUUCCCACUGCGUCCAGGCCCGAAGACCUUAUCCCCCCUCCCACUGAGCUGCCAGCAGCCCCCGUACUGACAGACGCUCACACAGACCAAGUUAAGUCAGGCACAGACAGUGGAGACUCACAGAGACACAGUGUCCAGACAUCUCAGGCUCACGGGGAGCAUGGGGACUCUCUCACUCAGACUGGGGACCCCCAUCGGGUAGAAGACUCGGUGGAUGAGUACCUGUUGUCAACCAACGGGAACGUCCACCGGACGGCCACAGACUUCUACGCAGAGCUGCAGAAUGGAGGAGAUUAUAACGGUGGAGGAGUGAACGGGAAUGGUGUGUUAUUGAAUGGGGGAGCGGUGCACGGCUCCAGCCAGAAGGAGAGUGUGUUCAUGAGGCUGAACAACAGGAUCAAAGCCCUGGAGAUGAACAUGAGUCUGUCCAGCAGGUACCUGGAGGAGCUCAGCCAGAGAUACCGUAAACAGAUGGAAGAGAUGCAGAGAGCGUUCAAUAAGACCAUCAUCAAACUGCAGAACACCUCCCGCAUUGCUGAGGAGCAGGACCAGAAGCAGACAGAUUCCAUCCAGGUGCUGCAGAGUCAGCUGGAGAACGUGACUAAACUGAUGCUCAAUCUCACGGCGACAGUGGGGCAGCUGCAGAGAGAGGUAUCUGACCGUCAGAGCUACCUGGUGGUCUCUCUGGUUCUGUGUCUGGCUCUGGGCCUCCUGCUGUGUCUGCAGUGCUGCCGCAGCUCCUCUCCCAGCCCGAACAGCAACGCUGCUGCCCUUCCCAAGAGCAACCACUACCCAAGCCCCAAGAGAUGCUUCUCCUCCUAUGACGAUAUGAGCCUAAAGCGCAGGGUGACCUGCCCGCUUGUUCGCUCCAAGUCGUUCCACUUGUCCUCUACAGAAGUAGGUCCAGAUGACUUGUACAUUGUAGAACCUCUAAGGUUUUCUCCAGAGAAAAAGAAAAAACGCUGCAAGACAAAGUCUUUGGACAAGGUUGAGAUUGUAAGGACGUCUGAACCAUCUUCUCCGCUCACAAACGGGGAGUUAAAGUGCAACGGUUUUCAACCAUGCCUCCCUGUGCCGCCAUCCCUGCCACUCCCCCCUCCCCCUCCUCCUCCUCCCCCUCCUCUCCCCCUUCUUCCUCCUCCUCCUUCUAUCCCACCACCUCCCCCUGUUAUACCGGAGGAGUUGUCAUCACUGUCUGCUUGCUCCUCCAAGGAGCUCCCCUCGGAAAGCAGCAGCUGCAGCUCGUCCACCCACUCCGAGGAGUCCUACACGAGCCGUCUCCCCCCUCCCUCCCCCAUCUACCCCUCCUCUGGCCUGUGCAACGGUCUCAGCCUACCUUUCCACCUCCAACAUCCCCCCGCCAAGUCCCGUCAGGAGAAGCGCUCCAUCAAGCGGCGAAAGUCGCGGCAGACGGAGCUGCAGUUUCCCGCCAUGACGAGGGGCGGCGUCGGAUCUCUGCCCAGCCUGCAGCAGCUUAUGAAGGGAAACAAGGAGAUCAGUGUUGGGACCAUCGGGGUGACAGCAGUCAACGGACAUGUCUGAACACUCGUACUUUUACACGACUUUCUACUCACAACCACACAUAUACACACACUAUAUUGUAGCAGACUUGCAUAGUAAGGAGAUAAGGUCUUACUGCAUCCCAAAGAACCACAUUUCCCAUGAGCUCCGAGGCGCACCGUGGAACUGAAGUGGCUAUGGCAGCAGUAGCUCCACAUCAUCCGGUCCUGAUCCACUCCUGUCAAAGACCUGUUUACGGUUAUGUGCCUUUAUAUCUGUUCUAGACCUCUUAAUGCUCGAAACAUUUAAAAAAAAAAAAUGUGGACACUGUGGUGGGGAGAGAAACAUGAUACAAGUCAAAUCCAUUCAAGUGUUUUGGGUUUUUUUGUUUUUCUACUGGAAAAGCACAUUAUCCCCUGAGAGUCGAGCACCAAUAAGCGUUUGUAUCUCCACUCUGAGCACAGGUGCAGGCCUCGGCUCGACAGUCCCUUCACCCACUGGAACAUGGAGAAGUAUUAGAGGCCGCUCUUUAUAUGAAAUGUGAGAGAAUUGCGUGACGAGAGCAUGACAAACUACUUCUCUUUUCCUUUUCUCCUUUUGUUGCUUCAGUCCUUCGUCGCCAUCGUUUGAUGACAUUCUGACUUUUUACCUUCAUCCUAACAUGACUGCAGGUGUUUGUAUGGGACCACACUGUCACUGUACACCAGACUCUCUUUUCCUCCUCCUCUGUCUCUGUCAGUCUGUUCAGAACCAAGCAUCAGAGCUGAAUGAAGAACAUAAUUUUGCAUGGGCGUGAAACAGUCCCAACGUGUUAGUCCUUUGAGUUUAGUUUCCCACUUAACCUCAUUUUACAAAUACAGACGCAGCAGUUUGGAGAUCCUGAAUAGAAUUUAAUCCUGAUCGAUGCCGCAAAUGAAGAGAAAUUGCUCUGUUAGUAGAUAUUGUGACUGCAAGAAAGCUAAAAAUUGGGUUUGAACAAGCUGGAGGUUUUAUUGUCGUCUACUGCUAUAUUUUAUAAUUUCUUUCUUUCCUAACUGAGCCAUGCUCCUCUCCUAUUGUUGCUGAUGUGGUCGGUUUGUUCUUAAAACCAUUAUGGAGGCGAAUGGUUCCUGUUUAUGGUACAGGAGCACAUUAAGCAGCAAAGCUGAAUGUUUACACUCAACGUCACACACACGUGCGCUACUGUGACCCUGCAGCUGAGUCUGACAGUCGAGUUUUAUUUAUCUAUUUAUUUAUUUAAAUGACUACAGAUUUUUCUAAAAUACUGGAUCCAGUCUCCCAAACCUGCAGGGUCACAGUAGUUUAUCUACUCAAGUAUGUUACAUAAAGAUAUAUAACAGUGCAAUACAUUUAACCAUACUUACACAUGACCAUUGGGGAUGGCUCAAACAUAAUUUUUUUUUUUGGUACAUUUUAACUUGAGCUUUGAUUUUAUAACAGCCCCAAAUUUGUCUGCCUGAAAUAUCAGACAAGCAUGAUAGCAGUCACAUGUCCUGCAGCAGCUUUAUAUAAACACCAGGAUAGUGUUGAUUUACAGUAACUACAGACUUCUCAGGAUCUUCACACUGCUGCGUCUGUAUAUGUUCAGAGCUGCUGGGUGGUUAAAAGUAGGGGAAAGGGCUAAACUGAGUGUGUUUAUUGUCCCGUUGUGUAUGUGUGUGUUUGUGCUCGCUUCAACAUCUGUCGCUAACUUAAAGAUUUUAAUUCACCCUCUUGGGGGGGUUUUCAUGUUGUUGUGUUUUUUUUUGUUUUUUUUUAUUUAAAUGCAUGUUUUUUCUUUUAUAAAUGCAGUUUCUGACUGGCUCUGUGUGGUCUUGCAUUUUGACAGAGACGGGGACUUUUCUUCUAACUGGACUCUCAAAAAAAAAGGAAAAAAAAGCAUUAUUUCCUCUUCAACCAUUAGCUCCACCUUCUUGUUCUGUUUUUAACAUAUCUUUAUCCAACAAGGUCACCUCUGACCCAGCACAUUGCACGACUUCCUGUGACUGUGAAGAGAAGUUUUAAUAUGCCUGCUUUUAUUAACCACUCGAACAUGGUCCCAUUAGAGAUGCUUCAUCAGACCACAUGCUGAUCUUUCUGAGCAUCCUCGCUCAUUUUUUUUUACACCAAAACUUUUAUUCACUUGUCAUCGCUCUUUGACUUUAUGUGUUCGCCCCACAUUGAAUUAGUAACACAAUAUUAAUUGUUGAACAAAGGGAACGCAGCAAAGAUGGGUAUGAUUUGGAACACUAUUAAUGUGAUUCUGUAUCUUCCACAAGCUGAGAAGAUCAUGUUUUGUUUUGUUUUUUUUAAACCCUUUUCAAAUGUGUCUGAUCUUAUGGCUUCUGUGUGUGUGUAAAUCCGUACGCAUGUGAGAUUUUUUUUGUUGUUGAUCUCUCCUGUAUGUAUGUUUGUGUGUGUGUCUGAGUUAUGAGAAUGACUACUUUUUAAAUCUACUUACCCUGUAACACAGCAACUAGGGAGGAACCCCCUGCGGACAGAAAUUCUUGGAGCUCAGUGUGCACUUUGUAUGACUUCUCAUGCCUUUUUGUUUUUCUACCUUAUAUGUCAAGUGCUAUUUUUUUUUUUCUCUCCCUCUCUUUCUCUCUGUGCUUACUCUCAAGAGCUGCACAGUACUUUUGAGCAGGAGUGAGUUACUACAAAAAUGUAGUGCCAUUAGAAACUGUGAAUUUCUAAAUAAAACCUUUUUUUUUUGUCUUUCA